GUCCACUCUAGUGCGAUGCUUUGCCAUGGCCGCCCAUGUCCUCAACCACCACGCAUCAGGCGGUCUCCACGCACCACCACGCAUCAGGCGGUCUCCAUGCACGCAACGGUGAGCCCUGCACGCUGGUGCGUGACCUUUGGGGAUCUCCAGUAUUUGCACUCCGAAGUCCAGGAGGCCAUUCAGGAUGGGCAGAUUCCCGAGGAUUCCUCGGGAGCCUAUGGACCGAGCAUCUAUGUGGUGAAUGAGAAGUACAUCAAACCGAUUACGGCUCUGGCUGGAAAGAUGAGCUGGGCCCUGAUGAUGAACCCCCAAUGCUUGGAAUCCGACGACCUCUUCAUCACGCAUGCGUGGCAAGAAGGUAUUUUCGACUUCAUCGAGAAGGUCCUAACCUCCUGGCCCGCUCGGGCGCGGCACGCCUGGUGUUGUAUGUUGGCGAAUCCGCAGAAUUUGGACAUUGCCGCACUGCUCCAUUCGCCCUCCAUGUCUCCAUUUGCAGUUGCUUUGCAAAGUUCGAAGUACAUGCUGGUGGUGCCCAAUCGUGACAUCUCCGUCUACACGCGCUUGUGGUGUGGCUACGAGGCCUACCUGGCCUACGAAGGUAAGAAGAUCAUCCGCACUGCUCGGCGCUCCAUUUCCCGCGACGUGUUUUGCGCUUGGGCCAUGAUGCUCCCCGCACUGAGCAUCGCCGUCGCACUGGGCCUGGCAGCCAAGCAGUAUCACUGGAACGUGGACAUUUACUUGAUGGUCGCUCUCUUCCUGGCGGGUGUGGUCAGUGAGAACUUUGGCUACGUGAUUUGUCUCAUCGCCAACCACUUGGGCCUCGCGGCGUCCACCGCGCUGGCGGUUGGAUGGACGAUGAAGCCGGAUUGGCUUCAAGUACAAGGUUUGCCAGACCAGGAGGCCUAUGUGGUGCAACGAGUGAUAUUUCUCACUGCCGUGGCCUUCUUCUUGGUCUCUGAGGUGGACCGUCUGCACUACGCGGCGCGCGAGUUGGAAGGGCUGCAGCUCCGGAAGCACUACCAGGGCUCCACCCGCUACGCCAGCUGCUCCGAGCGCCACGACGAGGAGAAGAUAUGCCAGGAGAUCGGCGAAAAGGCCCACUCCGUGGAUCAGGUCAUCCAAGUCCUCAUCUCUGCCGGGAUGUCAUCCCCAGCGCUGCGGGAGGCACAAAUGCAGGGCGUAAGCAUUGAGCAUGCAGGAGAUGCGCAAUUCGCCAUCCCUUCACUCUUUUUGGGUCCACAGUUAUUGCUUGGCAUUUGGCAGCUGGGACGCUAUGCCACCCUGGUGCACUGGAAACACUGGAUUGGAUGGCAGUCGAUGAUGUUGCAAGCACUGUCAGUGUUUGCAAGGCUGUGCUUCAUCAUUCUGCUUUGCUGGCGUUCUAUUGAUGAGAGAUGCUUUAUGCUGAAGGUCAUGACCAAGCUAGUCUCGGUGAUGGUCAUCCCAGGGCUCGUGGCCUUUUGUUUGGGCGCCAGCCGCUCGGAGGUGGGCGAGGUCGGCGUGGUGAGGAUUUCGGUGGUCGGGUGCGGUGAGGAUUUCGGUGGUCGGUGUUCUGCGUGGGCGACUCCUUGGGAAUGGGGCUUUUAAUGAAGAGCCUUCACCUUCGUUGCGACCUGUGAUCUGGAGAGGGCUACCUGGGAUUUGAUAGGGAUGUGGGAUGAUGUAGGAAGCUGCAGCGCUGCAUGCUCCAGGUGAAGAAUCUAUCAAAGCUGGCUCAGCAGAGACAAGACCAACAGAAGUUGGUGGGAAAUUAAAACAUCCGUCUCCUCCACUAAUUCUGUAGCAUCUAUAAUUAGACUCUAGAUUCUAGAUCCAAACAUCCAUAGAUGUUGUUCUUUUUUCUUUAUAUAUACACCUCCAGUAUCCUCC